AUGGGGCAGAGCUGGCUCUCCUCAUCCUCCGACACAUCCUCCACACCAUUUCUGGGACAUCCAAGAGGCUUAGCCAGCCAGCUAGGACGCGUGUUACACCAUGGUGGCGCUAAGCGCUACAAAUACCUGCACCGCCUCCUGCACUUCAAACAGAUGGACUUUGAGUUCGCCAUGUGGCAGAUGCUUUACCUGUUCACCUCGCCACAGAGAGUGGACCGCAACUUCCACUACCGCAAACAGACCAAAGACCAGUGGGCUCGCAAUGACCCUGCCUUCCUCGUGCUGCUCAGCAUCUGGCUGUGUGUGUCCACAGUAGGCUUCGGUCUGGUGUUAGAUAUGGGGUUUGUGGAGACGCUGAAGCUCUUACUCUGGGUCGUGUUCAUCGACUGCAUCGGUGUUGGUCUCCUCAUCUCCACGCUCAUGUGGAUUGUCAGUAAUAAAUACCUGAUGAAGCAUCCAUGUCGGGAUUAUGAUGUGGAAUGGGGAUACGCCUUCGAUGUGCAUCUGAAUGCCUUCUACCCUCUGCUGGUCAUCUUACACUUCCUCCAGCUUUUCUUCAUCAACCACAUUGUGGUGAUCAACUCCGACUGGUUCGUGGGAUAUUUCGUGGGCAACACCUUGUGGCUGAUUGCCAUCGGCUGA